AUGCCCGGAAAUGAAGGAAGCCAAAGGGUCACACUCGGCACCUAUCCCAACGCUGCGGCAAUCAAACUGAAAGGGGGCAUGGAGUUGGGGCGCUUAGACCAAAAAACGUCACCGAAUGCAGCCAUCUCGAGGUUUGGCACGGCGAAUCAGUGGGCUGCGGCGCUGAAUUGUUUUCGAAAUGUUCUGCGUUCGGGAUCACAGAUCGAUGUCGUCCUUUUCUGCGUUACCAUGAGCGCGUGUGCAAAAGGCAUGCAGUGGCAGCGCGUGCUAUCAUUACUCAACGGAGUCGCAGAUGCAGAACUGGAGCAGAACGUCUUCUCAUACAACGCUGCGAUCAGCGCUUGCGACAAAGGUGGGCAGUGGCAGCGCGCAUUGGCCUUGAUGGCAGAAAUCGAGUGCGUGAAGUUGGAGCCAGAUGUCGUCAGCUACAAUGCAGGCGUGAGCGCAUGCGGGAAAGAAGGGCUGUGGCAGCACGCGCUGGAGCUGUUGAGCGAGAUGAGAGGACGUGCCCUGGAGCCCACCACGAUUCCUACAACGCCGGGCUCAGCGCGUGCGAGACGGGCAGGCAGUGGCAGCAGGCCCUGGCGCUGCUGGGCGAGAUGUGGGAGGCAAGCGUGGAGCCUAACGUCACCCUGA